AUGGAAAUAAUUGCCUUGUAUGGCCUUCUCCGUGCUGUUGACAGACCUGACCCGAGCACCUAUCUUAGAAUCAUUUCCACGUUCAUCUUGCUUUACACAACUGGGUCGAGUGAAAAUACCUACUUUCCGCUCUGGAGACAGAUUGAAGCUUACAAACUGGAAGGGCAUCAGAUGUGCCCGAAGCCAGCCAGGGCAGCCAGGCCAGCAAUUCGCAAGUCGUGCCAGAAACGGUCACCCCACCAAGAUUACCGGUUCCAUUCAUUUCUCGUGGUUGUGGAGUUCUGA